CAACUUUUAAUAUUAAGCCACAGGACAUAUACUUUAAAAGAUAUAAAAGAGGAAUAAGUGGAGCCGUGCUACCAUGGUACAACCAAACUAGAGAGAUCUCAGAUUCUGGUCCAACAAAAACACAGUUCUCUUAUCAUAAACGAGGCGACGUACUCAGGACGCGAUGCUAUUGAAGGCGGCUCUACUCUUGGUGGUAUUAGCUUAUUCCAAAACAUCGGGCUUCAUCAUGAAGGAAAAUACGUCAAUCGAGGACUGUUACGAAAUUGUAGAAAGUGCGCUCCAGACAUACCACAAAAUCUGUCCUGAAACUGGUAAGUUGCUUGGGUGUGUCAAUAGAAUUAAUUCCUCUUCGGACGACAUGCUGAGGAACUAUCGCUUCGUGGUGCUGGCCUACAUCCGGAUGAAUAAUAUGACUAAGGUUUGUGAACUAGAAGAACCGAGAAUACGACAGCUGAAUCGUCUCAGAAAUGAAGUCCUGAAACAACCAUGGACAACUCAAAUGGAACAGAACAAAAAGUUUAUCCGCUUGGCACUUUUAAAGCGGUAUCCGGCAAGUCCAUCAGCUGAGGCAUCCCACAAAGAAUGCAUGGACGAGUUUUCAAAGCUCCUUAACCAUUACAGCGCUUGCACCGUGUAUAGAGAACUCAUCCAGUGUUUCGAGAGAAAGGCCCUAUCUACGCAGGACCGCCUAACAGAGGCGUUUUAUAACGUCACCGUUAUGCCAGCCUUUAAUAUUAUCUUCUUUGGCAAUCAACCAAUAUUAUGCCCUCGCCUUAUAAGAACUGGCUAGAUUUUGUAGCCUUCUUGUCGUUUAGAUAUCCCGCCUGUUCAGUUAUACUUGUUAUCAGCACAAAAGCGCUAAAUAGCUGAUGAAAGUUCGAAAAUGUAAACGAGCCAACAAAACCUUACUUAUAAAAUUUCCAUUGGGCCUUUGA